AUUUUAGCUCCGUAACCCCUGAGCGUAGACAUGUCCGAAACGUAAACACUAAAGCUGACGAGGAGAGACGCCGUUCGAGGAAAAAAAGUCAAAUUUCGCCAAAAUGAACCUUCAGCCGUGUAGUACUGAGCUUAGUUCAUACAGGGAUCAACAUUUUAAGGGUUCACGGUCAGAGCAAGAAAGACUCCUACGCACAUCGAGCACGCUGUAUGUGGGCAACCUGUCCUUUUACACUACUGAGGAACAACUUUAUGAGCUGUUUGGCCGUGCUGGAGAUGUAAAGAGGAUCAUUAUGGGGCUUGACAAGGUUAAGAGGACUCCAUGUGGAUUUUGUUUUGUUGAGUAUUUCACAAGGGAAGAAUCAGAGCAGUGCAUGAGGUACAUCAAUGGAACUCGCCUUGAUGAUCGCAUAGUUCGAACAGAUUGGGAUGCAGGUUUCAUUGAGGGACGACAGUAUGGUCGAGGAAAGAGUGGUGGACAGGUUCGUGAUGAAUACCGCACAGACUACGAUAGCGGACGAGGUGGAUAUGGAAAGAUUGUACAACAGAAAAUUCUACCCAAGAUCCCAUAAUGCUUGAAAUAGUGUGGCAGUGAUUUGUGUUUUAAAAUAGGGAAAGCAUCCAGCUGUUCUCAAUAUCAGUAUCUGUAUCUCGAACCUCUUCCAUUUACUUUAUUUAUUUAUUUUUUUUUUUAUUUAUAAUGUGUUACUGUGAUUUUUUUUUUUUUUUUUUUUUCUAUCUUUCUUUCUUUAACAACCCGAUUGCAACUUGAUACUCCAGUGGCCUUGUUAAAAGUUUACUUACCAGCUAAUGAGACUAGUGGACGCAUAUGCAAUUGGGAAAACUUUUGCUUGAACACCAUUACUUCAUCAAGGGUCAGGCACUGAUUUGCUCCAAACAAGGUCCUCGGAGAUUUUGGUUAAGGUGAUGAAAGAGAGAAACAAUGAAUAGUUUGUAUGGUAACUUUGGGAAAGUUUUUUGAUGUGUUUUAUUCAGUAAGUUCCAUUCUUUUUCCCUUUCUGUGGAGAUGCACCUUAAAUGUAACAGUAACAGGAAUUGAAUUAUUAUUGUUAUUUAUUUAUUUUAACAAUUUUUAAGAAUUUCAGUGGGAUUCUUUUAUGUGAAGGUGAUAGAUUGUCAAUCUUACAGAGAUGGCAUCAAAUAAACAAUGUUUAUUAGAAUGUGUAUUUUGCCAUAUAUCUUGAAGACAAAAAUAUAUAGUAUUUGAUACUUGUGUCACUAAAGCUGAAGUUCGCAGCAAGGAACCUAUGCUUUGUGUUCUUUUUAUUUCUUAUUCAUUUACGAGCUUUGUACAGACUUUGUAAGACUUUUGAUAUAAAAAUACAUUUACC